AUGGAGGUGUCAAAAAUAGCAGACAUGACCAAGCUCCACCAGGCUGUGGCUGCGGGGGACUGCAAUUCAGUGAAGAAGAUUUUGAAGAAAGGUCUCUGUGACCCAAACUACAAAGACGCAGACUGGAACGACAGAACCCCACUUCACUGGGCUGCGAUCAAAGGACAAAUGGAGGUGAUCCAUCUCCUGAUACAAUAUGGAGCCAGACCCUGCUUGGUAACGGAUGUGGGCUGGACGGCAGCUCACUUUGCAGCCGAGUCAGGCCACCUGAAUGUACUCAAAGCUCUGCAUGCACUUCCCGCUGCCAUUGAUGCUGCUGACUUCUUUGGAGACACACCCAAGAGGAUUGCGCAGAUCUACGGUCAGAAAGACUGCGUGGACUUCCUGGAGAUGGCAGAACCAGAAUGCAGGGACCACCGCCAGAGAGGGCUGUUGCUUGAUGAGCGGGAUCCAGAUUGGGACCUCAAGAAAAGGGAGCUAGAGCUGUCCCUUCCAGCUCCAGACCAAAAUAGCAACAAAAAGAAGAAGAGAAUCCGAGGUUCCACCAGGCUUAACCAUGCCAACCCUUGGAGGAUAUGAGAAGGCGAAGCCCUGGAGCUCAGACUGGAGCCAGACUCAGCCAGCUUCACAGGAGUUGACUCAGCCACUCUUCCCCAGGCUUCUACAGAAAACCCCAGCCAGUCAUUCAGUUUGAAAGUCUUGCCAGAGUGUUCUCUAUAGGAGCCGCUGUCUCCUUGAGAAAACCCGAUGCCCAGAGGCGAGACCAGGAGGGGACACUUAGCAGGCAGAUAACUGCUUGCAUUUUGCUUCCGUGGUUUGCAGUGUCAACAUGCCCCGCCUGUCAACCCACCAACACACAUAGGCACAGACGUUCAAGAUCAAAGUAAGAGCUCUCCUGGUUAAGUUGAUUUGUGAGAGCCCACAGUCCCAGCCCCGAGGACUUUACCCAUGAUCACAUCCAGAGAGGAGUGAUGGUCUGGUAACGCUGCCACCCAAUGAGGGGCAACCAAAGGCAGGCCUGGCUGAAAGGAAAUCUGCUCCACGUAUCGACAAGCAUCGGCAGAAAAUGGUGAACUGUGUGCGGGCUUGGGGCUCUAGUUUUUCAAUGAUAGAUUUUACAAAAGUUGGAUGAGAUGUUCCAAGAAAACUGUAGCAUCUAAAUUGAGACAUUAAAAAUAUAUAUUGAAGCUUUGAAGACUGCACGGGUAAAUGUUAAAUGCCUUACUUGCUACUUUUAAUAUUGAUUUGCUGAAAUGUGACAGAUGUUUUAGAGCUCAGUAUAAUAUACUCUUAAAAUCAAUUUUAGUACUUU